GCGACAGUUGACAGUUGUCAGUUCGCAGCUCUGAUGGCGAACAUCUUAGAGAUUCUACUCCUAACCUUGUUUGGACUUUGUCUACGGUUCGUUGUGCCACAACGUUUGCCACCAAAUGCCUGCAGCAGCAUUUUUCACUAUGAGAGGCAGGGUGAUCAUUGGAUUGGACAUAUCACACCCAAUCAAAUAGGUCUAAGCGAUGUUAACUGGAAGUUGAAAUUUUCUUCGCAUGGCGUAGAUGGACCCGGCACUAUAAGUAACUUGGGGCCGUACCCGAACAGGGAGACGGCUCUGCAGCGCAUGCACGAUGGCGGUACUGCCGAGACCUUUGUGCGCUUCGAUAACUACGAGAAUGAGCUACCGAAGAUCGUGCUCAUCGAACUGAAUGGUCAAGAGCUCUGCACAGCCAAUUCUUAUGGAGCUCCUUCGUCGUCAGCUACUCGUGAGCUGCACCUGGCUGUUUCCUCGACGACAACAACAACAACAACCCAUGAGGUGAAACAACCCAAAUCUGUCGUGUCACAACGUUUGCCAUCAAUGGGUUGCAACAUCUUUAAGUAUGAAAAGCAGGGAGAUCACUGGAUUGGACAUGUCACUCCCACUCGGAACGGACUGCGAGAUGUUAACUGGAAACUGAAGUUUUCCUCGCAUGGCGUCGAUAAGCCUGGUACUGUGAGUAACUUGGGGCCGUACCCGAACAGGGAGACGGCUCUGCAGCGCAUGCAUGAUGGCGGAAGUGCCGAGCUCUUCGUGCGCUUCGAUAACUACGUGGGUCAGUUACCGAAGAUCGUGCUUAUCGAACUGAAUGGUGAAGUACUCUGCACAAGCAGUUCAUAUGAAGCUCCUUCGUCGACAUCUACUCGUCAAUUGCACCUGUCUGUUUCAUCGUCUACGCCAACAACACACGAGGUUGUACAACCACAGCCCCAGAGUCAGCCAUCAUCAAACCCAUUUUUACAUUUCGGUGGGAAUAGUAAUCCUUUCCUUCCGCGGAGGACCACCAAAAAACCUGUGGCAGUUGUGGAAACUGUGGCAGUUGUGGGAACUCGUCAAGAUGCAGGAGCAGAGGAGUGUGGAGUGGAAGGAUUCGCUGGCUUGCAGAUUGGAGGAGAGAAUGUGCCUCGGGGACGGUUUCCCUGGCUGGCAGCGCUUUAUCACGAUACAAAUUCGGAUCCCACAACGAUUGAGCUGUCCUACAAGUGUGUGUCCACACUGAUCUCUGGACGCACAGUGAUAACGGCGGCACAUUGCAUCUAUGGAUUAACUCCAGCUCAGCUGAGAGUCUAUGUAGGACGUCACGAUGUGACGGUACAUCCGGAGAAGGAUGCCACGUUGAUGGCGGUAGAGAGUGUUAAGACGCAUCCGGACUUUGUAGGAAAUCUUGUGCCGGACUCAGAUUUAGGUCUCUUGGUGCUAACGGAACAUGUGACUUACUCAACCUAUGUGCGUCCCAUCUGCAUGUGGACCAGAAGCACCUCGCUGGGCAUCGAUGAGAGUGAGCAGACCGCCGUCGCGGGUUGGGGCACUGAUAGCACCUUGAAGCCGACGCGCUUUCCCACGACGGUCAACGUGAGACCCGUCUCCAGGGAGCAGUGUCUACGUGAAAUGGUCACAGCCAAGGACUUCCUCACACCUCGCACACUCUGUGCCGGAAAUAGUCAGGGACAUGGUCCUUGUCUGGGUGACUCGGGAGGAGGAUUGAUGGUGCUGCGGAACAAUCGUUGGAUGGUGCGGGGAAUCGUCUCGUUGGCUCAGCGAUCGGGGAAUUCAUGCGAUUUGUCGCGCUACGUCAUCUAUUGUGAUGUGGCGAGGCAUCUCAGCUGGAUUGAGAAGAAUGUUGUCAGAUGAAAUGACAGUUAACAAACAGUUACAAAUAAGUUAAGAAAAUAAAAAUAGCGCUGCCUGUUUAACAAGUAA